AUGCCUUAUAGUGUUUCCAUGGAUGUAAGCCUGCCGCAAAUUUGCGUGCUUGGCUCCCAAUCAGUCGGGAAGUCCUCCCUCAUAGAAUCCAUAUCGGGUGUUGCUCUUCCCAGAGCGUCAGGUACCUGCACAAGAUGUCCAACGGAAUGCAUCCUGAUCCGAUCAUCGGAUCCGAGGGAACCAUGGCAGUGUGAGGUAUCUCUCCGAUUUCAAGUUGACUCCAGAGGUCAUCCACUUCCGUUGGUCCGUAACAUCCCAUUUGGUCCACUCAUUACGAACCCUGCGGAUGUGGAAGACCGCAUUCGGCGUGCUCAGAUCGCAGUUUUAAAUCCCGACCUGGACUCGGUGGACUUCCCAACGUCAUUCCUUCAUGGCGACAUCCCAGAGACUCGAACUGUGUCUUUCUCCCCAAAUUGUAUCAGUCUGAAAGUGCGGGGACCGGACAUUGUAGAUCUUUCCUUCGUCGACCUCCCAGGAAUCAUUGCAACCAUCGGACGCAAUGGGCAACAGUCUGACAUGGAUAACGUGAAGAAUCUCGCAGACCGUUACAUAGCGAAUCCGCAAAGUAUCGUUCUCCUAGCCGUAACUUGCGAGACCGACUUUGAGAACCAAGGCGCGUGGGAAAUCGCGAAAGCGCACGACCCAGAUCAUACUAGAACCAUUGGGGUACUGACAAAACCGGAUCGUAUUGAGAAAGGAAAUCAAGCUAAAUGGCUCGAUCUUCUUAAAAAUCAGAAGGAACUUCUACAGGAAGGCUGGUUUUGUGUGAAGUUACCUGGUCCAGAGGAUCUUCAGCGGCGAAUCGGAAGAUCUGAAGCUCGCCAACUGGAAAGGGACUUCUUUCAGAGGGAGCCUUGGGCUUCCUUACAAGACAUGCGGUUGAGGCUCUCUGUUGAGAGCCUCAUUGAGCGCCUCAGUGAGAUCCUUUCGGAUGUCAUUGCUAAGACUCUUCCAGGUCUCCAGGAGGAAAUUACAUCUUUAAUAGAGCAAACACAGGAAGAGCUUUCGGCGCUUCCUCCUGAGCCUGUCGAGAAUCCUGUCGAUGAGCUCCUUUCUGCGAUUGGCAAAUUCCAACGAGACAUCGAAACAGAGAUUAAAGGCACUACUUCCGGCGACGGACUGAUCCAGAAAUACAAACGACACCUUGAGGAGUUCCGAAUUGAGCUCCGGGGCACUGCUCCUCGUUUCGUUCCGUUCGAAAAAGGUUCGCCAAACGCCAGGAAAGUGCCGCUCAUGGAUUUUUUACCCGAGGAAGAGCGAGACUUAGACAGUCACGGCACGGUUCCUAUCAUUUAUCUCGAUGAGGUUCACAAACGUGCGCAAGCCGCAAUUUCAAGAGAGCUUCCUGGGAAUGAACCCUUCGAAGUCAAGCGAUCGCUUAUUGGCGGGUUCAUCUCACAGUGGGGCACCCCGAGUUCAAGGCUCUUUCGUAAGAUGGAGUCUACGUUGGAGAUGCAUUUUGCCGUGUUGGUAAACCAACACUUUUCCCUUUACCGACCACUUCAUCAGUCCGUCAACAUUGUGCUCAACGACCGGCGCUCAGAGUGUCGUCAGACGGCGUCUGAUAAACUUGACUGGAUUCUCGAAACCGAGAAAGUAUCGACAUUCACGUUGAACACGCACAGUCUGAGGGAGUAUAAAUCUUCGUUCAUAUCCAAAUAUACAACUAUGCGACAUGAGAAGAGGGGAUACGCCAAAGCUAUCCGCAUCUUGACACAUCCUGAUCAACCUGACGUGACAGAGGCAGCAGACUCCGAUUCUGAUGAUGAUCAAGAGCGAGGGGAACCGGGGCCUUCCCGCACUCCAGCUUACCACCAGAGAGGGCAACCGCUAAACAUGUCGUACUCGCGGGCGCUCCCCUUUCAUAAAUCCGGCGCUAAGAGCCCAGAAACAGAACAACGUCACAAUCUCCUCAGUCAGAUUCGAUCAUCUGGGCUGCCUGACAAAGUUGAGGACGUCCUUAGGAUCCUCCCGGACGACCCUGCCAGAGAUGCUAUUCUAGUUAUGGCGGACGUUCGCGCGUACUGGCAAGUUGCCUUCAAGCGAUUCCUAGACAACAUUGCACUUGCCAUAGAUAUGGACUACAUUCGGGGGUUCAGUAAGGGGCUAGAGACUAAGCUGUUACGCCAAUUGGGGGUUCUCGGGCCUGACGCAGAGACCCGCUGUCGGGCGUACUACGCGCAACCCCAGCAUAUUGUGGACAAGCGUAACACUCUGAAGGCCAAACUGCGGCGUCUCGAAGAUGCUCAAAGCGAAAUUAUGAGCUUGGGGAUGCAAUGCAUCAUUUAG